UCAUUUUCGGUCAGAAUGUGUAAUUUAUUCAUUUAUCUUCUCCUUGCAGAGCGCAUGUAAUGAAACCCAUCAUGCUUAGGCAAUAAAUUCCUUCCAUACUACUUUCUCCUCGAAUUCAAUAUCUCUGCAUGUACAUAACUUCUUUCUUCAAAUUUCAAUAUUGAAAUGUCAUUAACUAACAACGAUAUUACUACCGAGAUAAAUCUAGCGCUGCAAUUAAUCUCGAUGGCGCUUCCGUCAUAAUAAUACCAGGUGACUACAUUUGACGCUAAAAAUGUGCGUCAAGUCUCAGCAUAAAAUCGCACCUCAAACGGACAAGUUCGAACUGCGGCAAGAUGGGCGACAGCGUGGCAUCAGGGUUGCAAGACGUCGAUUUGAAUGACAAAAAGACAAAAAUGACGUCUGUUAAGAACAAAAAAGCUCCACAAGAGGCAUUCGCUGUUUCGGAGGCAAAGCCCUGGCCGUCUUAUAUCCAGGAACGUCAAGUCUUAUUCGACAAACUCAAGGCUGAGUAUGACGCAGAAAUAGCAGCAAAGACACCCUUCAACAUCCAGGUCACACUACCCGAUGGGAAAGCAAUUGACGCGCAAGCUUGGCGCACUACUCCUUAUGAAGUAGCUAAGGGGAUAAGUUCCGGGUUGGCGGACAACACGGUAAUUGCUAAAGUCAACGGUAACCUCUGGGACCUCGAUCGACCCUUGGAAGGAGACUGCAAACUCCAGCUGCUCAAGUUUGACGAUCCUGAGGGACAAACAGUCUUUUGGCAUUCCUCCGCUCAUGUUCUAGGUGAGGCUAUGGAGCGUGUCUAUUCCGGAUGUCUGUGUUACGGGCCUCCGAUAGAAAGCGGAUUUUAUUACGACAUGUACCUCGGAGACAAAGGGAUUUCAAAUCAAGAUUUUCCUCACCUGGAAAGCUUGGUGAAGGGCAUAGUGAAAGAGAAGCAGAAAUUCGAAAGAUUAGAAAUGCGCAAGGAAGAUUUACUCGAGAUGUUCAAGUACAAUGAAUUCAAAGUUCGCAUACUCAAUGAGAAGGUGAAAACGCCAACUACCACGGUUUAUCGCUGUGGUUCCCUGAUAGAUCUCUGCAGAGGACCGCAUGUAAAGCAUACUGGAAAAAUCAAGGCAAUGAAAGUCACCAAGAACUCGUCAACCUAUUGGGAAGGAAAUUCACAGGCCGAAACUCUCCAGAGAAUUUAUGGGAUUAGCUUCCCGGAUAGUAAACAGUUGAAAGAGUGGGAAAAGUUCCAAGAAGAAGCUGCCAAAAGGGAUCACAGAAAGCUUGGUAGGGAGCAAGAGCUUUUUUUCUUCCACGAGCUAUCGCCUGGCUCCUGCUUCUUUCAGCCUCGUGGAGCACACAUAUACAAUACCCUUAUAGAGUUCAUUCGCUCCGAGUAUAGGAAACGUGGUUUCCAGGAGGUAGUAACUCCUAAUAUUUACAACGUCAAACUGUGGCAGACAUCGGGUCACUGGGCCCACUAUGCAGAAAACAUGUUCUCUUUCGAUGUUGAGAAGGAGGUUUACGCGCUGAAACCAAUGAAUUGUCCCGGACACUGCAUGAUCUUUGACACACGACCGAGACCCUGGAGAGAGCUGCCCCUUAGGAUGGCCGAUUUUGGUGUUCUACAUCGUAAUGAGCUAUCGGGUGCCCUCACUGGACUUAUCAGGGUGAGGAGAUUCCAGCAGGAUGAUGCUCAUGUAUUUUGCACCAUUCAGCAGAUCGGGGCUGAAGUCUCAGGGGCUCUAGACUUCCUGAAACAUGUUUACGGAGUAUUCGGGUUUACUUUCAAUUUGUGCUUGUCUACCAGACCUGAGAAAUACAUGGGAGAGCUCGCUGUCUGGGAUCAGGCAGAAAAGGCACUUGCCGACAGCCUCGAUGCCUUUGGACAACCCUGGAGAAUCAACCCAGAAGACGGAGCCUUCUACGGUCCUAAAAUCGAUAUUACUAUCAUGGAUGCGCUCAAGCGAUCUCAUCAAUGCGCAACUAUCCAGCUCGAUUUCCAACUCCCCAUUCGUUUCAAUUUAUCCUAUAUCAAUGAAUCAGGAGAGAAGACGCGACCUGUCAUAAUUCAUAGAGCAAUACUGGGUUCUGUAGAACGUAUGAUAGCAAUUUUAACUGAAUCCUAUGCAGGCAAAUGGCCAUUCUGGUUGUCACCUCGCCAGGUGAUGGUAAUUCCAGUGAGUCAACAAUUCGAUGAUUAUGCAUUUAAAGUGAAGCAGCAACUGUGGGAGGCUGGGUUCAUGGUGGAAGUGGAUGUUGACGCUGGUAAUAUGAUGAACAAGAAAAUCCGUAACGCUCAACUGGAUCAGUUUAAUUUUAUUCUCGUGGUUGGAGAGAAGGAGCGCAGUGCUGGUACGGCAAAUGUCAGAACGAGAGACAACAAAGUCCACGGAGAGAUAUCCAUCGAAGAUUUGAUAAACAAGUUCAACAUUUUUAAGGAAACGAAAGACAGGAAUUGCGAGGAGAACUUUUAAUGUUAUUUUCCACCCACAAUCUCAGACAGUAAUAGAUCUCUCGACUACCUGCACAGCUUCUAUAGAAAAAAAAAAUCUACUCGAAAUAUUUAUUGAGCUAAGCGCAUCAACAGCGUAAAUAAAUUGAUAUUUCUUUCCUUGCUUACUCUCCUUACAGGAUAACUUUCCUUGAUACAGAAUGUAUAGCCUCAUCAAAAAAUAAAUGUAAACGCCCCGAAAAAUUAAAUACCCAGUUUUGAAGAUAACAAA